GCGAGACCCAAAGGUGAAGGACUGACACCCUACCAGGGGAAAAAGAGGUGCUUUGGAGAAUACAAGUGUCCCAAAUGUAAGAGGAAGUGGAUGAGUGGCAACUCCUGGGCCAACAUGGGACAAGAAUGUAUCAAAUGCCACAUCAAUGUCUAUCCACACAAACAGAGGCCUCUAGAGAAACCAGAUGGCCUGGAUGUGUCCGACCAGAGUAAGGAGCACCCCCAGCACCUGUGUGAGAAGUGUAAAGUCCUGGGCUACUACUGCCGCCGUGUGCAAUAAUCAGCGAUAUCUACAGGGAGACAGGAACUUUCGUUGUCCCAAGUCCUGUGAGCUGGCAUCCUCCCUGCCCAGUUCACAUCCCGGUUUCCAUCCACCCUGUCCCGCACAGGUCUCCCCCCCCCCUGUGUUUCCUCUAUCUUUUGAUGGUCGCUCUAGUCCAGUCCUUCUUUUUAUGCCUUCCUUCUAUGCUACAGCAGUCCUUCCUCUCAUCGAAACGUGUAACGCAUAUGUCAGUCAGUGUUUUGUUUUUUUCACUGCCGGUCGAAGAUUCCAUCCAGGAAUAAGAGGAAACUGUUAACAGAGGAUCAAUUUCUUGACGUGCUUUUUUGCAAAAGGCAAAAUAAAUUUGCCAAAAUCCCGUAUAGCCGUAAGUGCAUUACUCCAACUGUCUGGUUAACAGCAGCAAAUGAUGGCGUUGAUGAUGAAGUACCGGGCGUGUAGCGCCUCGGUGUCACUGACAGUAUCGGUCGCAAUACAUGACCUCAUCUAAGGGGUUUGUUGGCUUUGUGUUUACAGAGAUCUGCUUUCCAUUUCCCUGCCAAGUGAAGUGUGAGGUGAUAUGAUGAACGUUUAACCACGGCCUUUAGUGAUGGCAUAAUGUAUACAAAGGCCUUUUAUAUCUUGCCAUAUUGGGGUCAGCAGCACAUCUUAUUAACUGUGAAUUAACUGAGGGAUAAGUGCCAUACAUCCCUAGCUUACAUUUGGCAUAUUUAUUUUCUCGUCUAGUGUGCAAUUUGAAUUUAACUGGGACAUAAAGAGAUGUUUUUUCUAUGUUUGUUUAUCACAUAUAUUUUUAUGUAAUUGCUUCCAUGUGUCUUUAGAAACUACUGCAGGUUAAGUUGCAUAGAGUUGCUCCUCAGCUAGAUUUAGAAAAUUGCUGACAUAUCCGUUCCUUUCAGCGGCCCUCGAGUGUUUUUCUAGCCUAAAAAAGUCUUUUUUCUGCAGCAUUUGGUGGGCAGUUGCUCGUUUUACUGUAAUUUCAAAGCAAAAGAAGGGUCAACUAAGAAGAAAUCUUUGGAAAACGGCUUCUGUCAAUUUAUAGUGUUGUGUUUUUUUUGUUUUGCCUGAUAGUCUGUGCGUUAGCAGAACGGAUCCACUUUAGAGGUUUGACUGAAAACCAAAAAACACUAAGUGAACUUGAUUUUAAAUUUAAGCACCAGCUGGAGUCGGUUAAGCAAAAAGACACAUUGUCUAAAGGCUAGCACCCCACAAAAAACAUACAUUCAACAGCAAACAGUGUGUGUAAAGAGAGCGUAGAUGGAGGUGAAGCUAGGAAGAGCUGCAAUGAUGAGCUGGUCAAGAGAAUAGGAAAUACUAUAAAAAGCAGGAUUUGUGAUGUGAUGAUGCAUAGAAAUCAUCAAAAAUGAUGGUUACAGAUACUUAUAUUUUAUGGUGCCUUCUAUUAUAAACUUUGUUGAUUAAAGAAGAAAAGUACAAAUCAUUUUGCAUAUAUAAAGGGCAAAAGACAUUUUGAAUUAUUUGAACCUGCCUUUCAAGGAUACUUUUUUAUAGGAACUAUGAAAUAUUUUAUAUGUACUGUAUUCCAAGCCUUACAGAAGCUGGUUCACUACAAUUUAAAGUGUAACGUACUUUAUGUGCCUUAAAAAGAUUUCAAGCAUCAAGAUGGAAAAGGCCAUUUGAGAGUUUGAAAAGAAAAAGGCUCAAAGGUGGAGCAGUGCGUGCGCAUGUGGUUACUGUGAUGCACAGAAGGUUUAAUGUAGGUUCAAGAUGUAACAAAGGACAAGAAAAAAGAUUAAGCCCCUCCAUUAGUGGUUGAACUGGCAUGGUGGGUGUUCGCUUCGCAGUUUUCUGAGCUUCCAGCUGGCUAUAACAAUCCUACUGUGGUCUGUUGUCAUGGAAUAUCAACAAAGAUGUUAUUUCUUAGUAGAUCUUCACAAUAGAAUGAAGUCGUUUAUGAAACUGUUGGCUUUACACUUAAGGUUUUUUUUUUGCUUUCUUUUUAAUCUGUUGUGGUAGUGUUUAUCCAAGAAACCGCAGAUUUAGUCAACAAGUAUGUAGUGGGAGUCAUGAUGGUACGUUACAGUGGAAGGAAAUCUAACUAAAUGUCAAAAGGGCACCCAAGCGAGUAAAAGAGCUGUUUCCCAUCUUUUAGAACAACGAUUUCAGACACAGCAUUUUUGGGUUAUUUGAUCAGAAAUUGACACCUACAAGUUUGCCAGUUAACACCUUGGCACCAGGAAGUGAUUUAAUUUCUUUCUCGCUUUACAUGCCGUCGGGUUUUCUGCGAUUCGCUUUUCCUGUCGGCUGAAAUUUAAUUGCCUAUGCAAAGGACAAAGGUUGAGAAGGUGGUCUAUUGGUGUGGCCCCGACCACGCCGCUUACAGGCUGUUAAAACAAUGUGGCUGACCACCUGUGAAUGUGGUCUGAGCAACAGAUCUCAGUGCUUCUCGGGUCAUUCACAUCUGCUCUGAAAGAGGUCCUUUUAUGAUCAGGUCACCUCCGAAUUUCAGAUGUUUCAUUUGGCCUGACUGAAAUAACCCAUGUGACAUUGUUAAAUUCAUUUUCUCAGACUUGGUGAAGCUCCCUUCUGAACUCCAUAAAAAAAAAAAAAUCAGGGGGACAAACCUCUCUUUGUGAGUAAAAUGAAUGGCGAACUCCUUGUAAGAACAUCUCAUUUAUAAGCCUCCCUCUAACCCACCACUGUAGAGAACCAUUUGUUUUCUUACUCUUAUUCAUUUUCUUUUGCUUUGCAGCAAUACUAGCAGGUCGCUCAGAACCCGGAUGCCUUAUGAAUUAACCUCUGAAAGGAGAAACAGUUUUGGGAUUCACAAAGUCGUGUCAGAAUGGAAGUGAAAUCCUAACAGUUUGAUUCCACCCACAGUCGUGUUAUGAGGAAGCUGUUUGAAAUGGCAAUUCAAGGGUCAAUGCAAGCAGCUGAUAGAGUAAAUAUUAGGAAAAAACUGCUCUCCGACAUAGAAUUACCUUGAAUUACACAUACUUGACUUUUCUAGUACAUUUGCAGUUCAAAAUUGCUUUUUUUUCUAUGAAUGAGAUGUGUAUUUUGGAACACUUAAUAGAUGUUGAAAAUUCUAAAGCAAUCUGCAAACUCAAGUCAUUUCCCUGACAAAGACGGAUAGUUUUAUGUAUAUAUUUGAUGGCCAUCAUUCUCAAUGAAGUGUUAAGCAAUAUCAAAGCUUUUUUUUGUGUGUGAAGAAGGGCCUGUUGCUGAGAAAUAAUCAAAGCUGGGAGUCAUUUUUUCUUUGUUUUACAAUAAUCUGAAGGGUUAUCCUGCAGAAGUAUUUAUGGAAAGACUUUUUACAACACUUUUUGUAUAGAUUAUGCAACAAAGUUACACUAAGAAGGAAAUAUUGAUGUCUACAUAGAAUAUUAUUAAAAAAAGCUGGUACAUAAUUAAUACCCUUUCUCAAUUAUAAGCCAUUGUAUUAUUUUGUUUUGUUGUAUGAUGAUAAACGUAUUGAGCAACCUAUGUUAUUCAGUUGCCAUGUGACUAAUUACAAGCUGCCAUUUAUGUCUUUAAAGCCACAUGUAUUCAUUUUGUAAACAAUAGAUUUCAAGAUAUAUUGUGUUAACAUGCAGAAUUUUUUUUCUUUAUUUUUUUCUUAGUUAGUGAUGGAUACUCACCACUGUAUAAGCACAUUAAACUGUGAGAUGUAGUUUGCUUAAAGCAGCCAUGACAAGGAACUAUUAUAAAAUGUUACUAGUAGCUUAGGAAGUGUAUACUUUGGUCAAAGUGUGUGUGACAAAGAACUGUUUUAGAGUUUGCAUGUGCAUGUGUUUGGAAUUAAAUUUAAUAUUAUUUUUGUGCAAUGUAUACUUAUUUAAAACCCUUACAGUGGUUUGCUACAUUUUUUUUCAACAUUAUCAGACACUUCUGAUUAUUAGUCCUGAAGUGUUUCAUUUACCACAAGUGUAGCCUCUAUGAAUAACACAUAUUUACUGAAUGUAAUGUGUUAACACUUAUGUGGUCGAGUUGGAAAGUUCUGUUUGUAUUCUUUAAUGUCUGUAUCUCUUGAGAUGUUUGUAAAGCAGUAUUGCAAUAAUGUAAUGUUUGAAUUGGACAGAACGCAGGCGUGAGGUUGGGAGGAUAAAGUGAUUUAGGGAAACAAGGACAGCUGGGGUUUAGAGAGUAGACCACAGGUCUGUUUUUCAUGUCCAUGAAAUGGCAUUCCAAAAUGUGCCUUAUUUGUUAGUUGGGAAAACAUUUUAGUGCUUUAGUGCUGUUGAGAGUUUCAAUUAAAGUUCAAUUGAAUUAUAA